CGCCCAGCCCCUCGGGGGGGGUCCUCCCGCACCGAGCCUUUGAGGGGGGGAGUGCCUCGCUGCGUGCAUAACGGGGAAAAAAAAAUAUAUAUAUAAUAAGAGGGGGGGGUCUGCCCCGGGGGUGGCUGCGCGCCCAGCCCGGGGAGCCGCGGGGCACCGCAGGGGGGUCCGGGGGGGGUCGGCGCCCUGUGGGGUGCUCGCAGCCCGGCCCCCAGCCCCGGGGGGGGGAGCACAGCACCGGGGGGCGCCCGGCACCGACCCCCGGGGGGCUGCACCACAUCCCCCCCACCCCCCCCCCAAAAAAAACCAAACCACCCCACCGCCGGGGAGCAGCGCCCGGCUCCCGCCUGGUUUUGUGGUCGUGGAGGGGGAGGAAAAAUCCCGAACCAGCUGCGUAAAUGAGUAUGGAAGAUUAUGAUUUCCUCUUCAAAAUUGUUUUAAUUGGCAACGCUGGUGUGGGGAAGACCUGCUUGGUCCGACGCUUCACGCAGGGGCUUUUCCCACCAGGCCAAGGUGCCACGAUUGGAGUUGACUUUAUGAUUAAAACCGUGGAGAUAAAUGGUGAAAAAGUAAAGCUGCAGAUCUGGGACACAGCAGGACAGGAGCGGUUCCGGUCCAUAACGCAGAGUUACUACCGCAGCGCCAACGCCUUGAUACUCACCUACGACAUCACCUGCGAGGAGUCCUUCCGAUGCCUCCCCGAGUGGCUGCGAGAAAUCGAGCAGUACGCCAGCAAUAAGGUCAUCACUGUGCUAGUGGGUAAUAAGAUUGAUUUAGCCGAUAAGAGGGAAGUCUCCCAGCAAAGAGCUGCAGAGUUCUCCGAAGCACAGGACAUGUACUAUCUGGAAACCUCAGCGAAAGAAUCGGAUAAUGUGGAAAAACUCUUCCUGGACUUAGCCUGCCGGCUGAUCAGCGAGGCACGGCAGAACACCCUUGUGAACAAUGUCUCAUCCCCCUUACCAGGAGAGGGGAAAAGUAUCAGCUAUUUGACUUGCUGUAAUUUUAAUUAAAGAGCUGGCAUGUGAUUCUCCAUCCGCCAUGGGCCCACAGGAUUUUUUGCCGGGAUUUAUCUCCUCGGAGGGAAUUCCUGCCACUUUGACCCAUCUGACUUCCCCUGAGUCAGGUUGCAGACCUAGAAGCAUGGCAGGCUGACAGCUCCAGCUGCAUGGCAACGUAGCAGAAUUUAACAUGGUUUAAAUUUAAUUUUUUCUUGCAGUUUCUGGAGUGGGAAAGGAAAAAGGAGAGUUGGACAAGUGGUUCGUGUAAUGCAGAAUGUGAGCAUUUCCUUCUGCAGGUGAUGAGAUCAACCUCUCUUGGAGAAGACACUGAAGAGUUUAAGAUCUCUCUUACAGAACAAUGUGUUUGGUCCUUUGUAAAAGAAAAAAAACAACACAACAAUGAGUACUGAACCUGGACUACACUGGCAAUCAUCUAGACUGCCAGCCAAGUGAAUUCUUAGGACGUGUACAUAGUGUCUGCCCACGUGUCUUCAUGGAGGACUGGUGUUUGAAAUAGUGUUACGUCUCUCAUCUAUAGGCACUUUCAUAAACAUGGAAUUAAAAAAAAAAAAAAGAGAAGUUAUAUGUCAACAUUUUCAGACAAGGAUUUGAGAAGACAAGGCUACAGCUCCAUUGCUUCCUUUGGUGCUAGCAGUUCAGCAAAUAUUCCAUAGACCAAGCGUAGUCUUACUACAUUGCUGUCCUCUGAAUGUGUAACUUUGAUUAGGAAAAGAACGCUAAUAAGCACUGUUCAUUAAAAUCCCAUUACCUCUUUUUCUAGGCUUGAACAUAGUGAGAAAGGACUGUGCUUCUUUGAUAUCCAACACAGGAUGAAAGGACUUCCCAGAAAUAAAAUAAAUAAAUAAGAAAAUGAACUGUCCCACUUCUAAUUAGUAUUGUCCUAAAGUGAAAAAUUAACCUUGGGAAAAGUUAUUGGUGGAAUUGAAAAAAUGCACCUGGCACGACCAAAAUCUUUUGUGUGCACUGAUUGUGCAUAAGGGUUCAAAGAGAGCACAGUUUGAAGUGGCAGCCUGCAAUAUGUCUGGGAUAAAAAUAAAGCUUGUAGAUACAGUUCCUGUUGAAAGGCAGGCAUACAAUUUUGCAGAAGUUUUUCUUUUUUUUUUUUUUUUUUUUUCCUUACGUGAAGUGGAAAUAGCAGCAGGUUGCAGGUGGCAUCAUUUUGUGUCUGACCCAUCCAGCAAUCACCUUAUGGAACUGUUCUCUGAGGAGCUCUUGAAGGUAUCUUCUUGGCCUCUCUCCUCUCUGCUUGAGUAGGUUUCACAUUCAGGGCUGUAGAGUCAUUUAAUUUACUCGAUGCUUUGUACUCUUAAUCUCAGACUCCACUGUAUGUGUAACUCUUAGGCAAUUUCUUUCUACAAAACCCCUGAAGUGGAAGCAUUAUGGAAUUUAUUACUACACCUCUAGUGCCAUAUGCGAAUAAUGCAUUGUAAAUUUACACACUGACAUUAAAGCAAAAUUGAGAGAUAGUGAAUGCACUCAUGGAAAAUGAGUUUUAGAAGUUUGAGUUCAGUUUAGCUGAUCUGGAUAAAUCUCUCCUGGCAGUUACGUGACUGUGAUAUGAUGUAAUUUAAAGUUAAUCACCUUAAUAUCAUUUGGUAUUUACUGGAGAUUAUUAACAGAACUUUUGUAUUGACAUAAAAGUUGCCAGUAAGUUCAUCCUGAAAACAAUAAUAAUAAUAAAAAAGUAGCAUUUUAAAAUGCUUUUUCACAUUUUCCUGAAAAGACUUCCUUGGGCUGUAUCAUGGCGUGCCUUUGAUCUGCAAUGGUGAGCUGACUCCACGUGUCUUUGAGAGAGGAGGGACUGGUGUAUCAUAUGUCAAUUUUUAAUAUUUUCUUGCUAUUUUUAGGUCACUUCUUUUGUGACUAGUGCUAAAAAUGAAGAUGUAGAAAUUGUGGUACAAAUCUUGCUUGUCAUUUAGGUAACACUUUGCAAAGUGCUGCUGUAAGCGUUAGAUGUUGGGGAAAUGUCAUCUGACGCACUGGCCUGUCAGGGUCCUUUUUGGUCUCUGCUCAUGAUGUAACCUAGAGGAUUUAGAAACGUGUGGGAUUUGGUGGCUUCUGCUGUUCUGGAUUGUGUGGUACAGCCUGUGCUGGAGAGCGUUGUCUUCCUUGAGCAUUCCCCAGAUUGCCAAAUGCAGCCUGAUGUGAGCUCGUGAAGACAACCUGACCCUGACACAGCUGGUUCUGCACAGCUUUGAGGUUGUUUAGAGCAAGACUCGGGGCGUUGCACAUAGGGUAACACUUGAGUUAAAAAUCAAUGUUACUCAUAUUUAAUUUGUCAAAGCUCUUACUGGUAGAUUGAGAUGAUCUGGGGUAAAACACUAAAUGUUCUGUGCUUCUGCUCACUAUUUGUGAGGUACUUGCAGGAGUAUUUUGUGUUAGAUGUUUGCAACGCAAGUUUGCUGGCACAAGCUGUGAUUCCCUUCUGUUCUUAUUUGAGUUCCCAAUCAGAGAGCAAGUGCUGGGGAAAAAGAAAAAAAAAGAAAAAAAGAAAAAAAAAAGAUGUCCAAACUUUCCUCCAAGAGAGUUAUGAUAGAAAAUGUGAAAUUAUGAACUCUAUAGAAGAAGGGGACACUGGGUGCCUCUUCCUACCUCUAAUACUGAAAUCUCAAUUUGAUCUACAGGUAAGUUGUUGGAGUAUGCAGUUGGAUACAUAUUUGUGCUGAAUGCUAAGUGGCUCUGUGAUCAUUAUUUAAUGAAAACCACAUGUCAUGAAUUGUCAGACAAGACACUUUGUUCUUUGCUGUAGAACGUGUGAAACAGCCGUUACAAUCUGUAAGCCUGCUGGUGCUGUUUGUCUUUUUGGAAAUAUCUGUAUCGGUAACAGCGGGCUCCUGCUAGUCUACGUUUAGCGGUUAAUGGCUAUUGAAUUCCUUCAGCAUCAGUAAUAAUAGCAGCAGGCUGAGGUUGACGCAGCAGACAGUGAUUUGAAAAGAGGGAAAGUCGGAAUUCGUGAUGCAGAAGCAUUGUCGGUGCGCACACGUGGGACAACAGGCUUGCCCGAGAUUUUGCUUACAAGGGAUGCAAUUGGUUAUGGUCAGACCCUCUGGGUUUUGUAUCAGCUGUUUUUCUGCUUGUCUUGCCUUUCCAGCAUUGAAGAACUGUCCGUAAAUCAUGCUGAGAUGUUGAGCUUACAUAAUUCCUGUAGUCAGAGACUGAAUUCACUUGGAAAACAGGUGAAAUUCUCCAGCAAUUAAAAUAUGCCAAGCAAACAUAUGGGAUGUGCUGCCCUUUGGGGGGCUGUGGUGCCAUCGUGGUCGGAUGGGACUGGAGACGCAGUCCCAGAAAGCCUCUCCCAGCAGUGUGUACUGUGUACAGCCCUUUGUGCCAGGGGAAAGAUGGCUGGGUGGAGCUGAAGAUGCAACAUAAAGAGAUGGUUAUAUUCCCUCGGGAUUUCCUCAAUCCCAUCCUCUUACAAAAUGCAUCUAUGACUUAGCUUUUGAUUGCUCUGGAUUUUAAUAAUUAUGAAUUUGAGUCUUACCUGAGACUCCUGUAUUGUCACCUGCAGUGUCAAAGUAACCCAUUCCCUUACACGUGCUGCUCCUACCAACAUCUACCAAGCAGAAGACCUUUUUGGGUUUAUUCAGUUAGAGAAUGUGUUUCUAGAGGACACUUUGUAUUCCCGGUGAGCAAGCGUGGGAACUCUCCCAAAAACUGAUGUACAUUAGGGCUCACAAGAAAACUCAUUGGAGCCAAAGGAAAUGCUCUGGGCAAUUCUAAUAGUGACAGCCCAGUGAAAGGUGUUAUAUCAAAAUGUUUUCUUCCUCAGAUCUUUUAUAAGCUUUUUGAAUGAACAUGGCUCUUGAAGCCAGCUUCUCUUUGCUCGUAUCAACUGAGGCUGUCCUCUUGUUGCUGUGGGUAAUAAUUGCUCUAGUUACUGUCCACAAAGGAUCAUCAUUUUGAAGGACAGUCCUGAUUUCUGGUGACAACGAGUGAUGGGGAGCUGCUUGCUUGAUCUCCCAUGGCUGAUGAGUGCAUCCCGAAGAAAGCAGCCCAAACUGGAACCCAUUGUGUCUUCGAAAUCUGAUCACCCCCUUGAACUGUAGCUGAAUGUCCCGUAAAGGUUACAGAUCUCCCAUCUGCCUCUGUUUAGGAUUUAUCUUGGCUGGAAGAACAGACGACAGGGUAAUUGCGCUGGCUGAGAUGCCAGACUCCCACAUCAGCCUGCUGCCUUGCUCACCACCAAGCUGAACUGACCCAAAGCCGCCUUUGCGCUAUAUCCAGCCCAGAUAGGUGGCCGGCUGUCAUCACCCGUGGAUGCAAUCGCACCUUUUCCCCUCGUGUGAAUGAGCUGUAACUUAAAGCAGAAGUGAAAACUAUGCCAUGGGAGUUAAGGGUGUGGUUGUGCGUUUUUUUUUUUUCUUUUUUCCCCCCUACAAACUGGGAGUCACAGAUCCAGAGCAAAUGUCACGUUACGUGCCUCUCUGAGCACAGUCAGCUGGGUAACUGGGCAAAGAAAACCCAGAUAUAGCUGAAACCGAGACAACAAUGAGUAAAUGCUGUCAGGGAAAGGUUGUUCUGGUUUUAAGAGUACAGCCAGGGUUAAGAGCUCAGUUCUCCCAGCUGUGGAUAAACAAGAGCUGGCCGUGCUGUUCUCUGAUGCUGUUUUCACAUUAAUAUCUAGCUAUUAGCACUUCCUGGAUGUGAUCACAUUCUUUGAAGCCGUUCUCCUUUUCCAGCAAGUUCAGAAGAUAAUUUUAGCUCUGGUUAGUGCUAUAAUUAAAUAACCGAGUCUUCAGCUGAAGCAGCAGAUGCCACCUUUGCCAAUGCUUUUUCCACUGCUUAUCUUGGGACACCGCUCCCAAGGACAUGCAUGCUUGUGAGGGCACCACGGAGUUGUCCCUGCUGAGCAUCUUCUGGAGUCCAGCCUUGGUGCCUAGGGACAUGACAUGGCUUGUGUGAGUCACACUUUCAGCUGUGCUAAAAGGUUCUCCAGGGAAGAUGGGUUGUUAGAAGUAGGGUUAGGGUGGUUGCGCACUGGGACAGGUUCCCCAGGGCAGUGGUCAUGGCGCUGAGCCUGCCCAAGUUCAAGAAGUGUUUGGACAAUGCUCUGAGACAUAGGGCCUGAUUUUUUGGUGGUGCUGUGUGGAGCCUGGGGUCGGACUUGAUGAUCCUUGAGGGUCCCUUCCAGCUUGGGAUAUUCUGUGAUCCCAUGAUUCUGAGAAGAUGCAGUUUACAUCAACAUCCAUGGCUUGUCAUCUGGGCCACCCUGACUUCCCUGACUUUCUUAUUGGGAAAGCAUAAACCUAACUAGUUCAACAAGCCUAUUCUCAGCCAGUGCAGCCUGUGAGGAGUUUCCUUUUUGUGGGACCAGCAGGAGAGAUUCAGGUGUGAAGAAUCAGGGGUGGAUGGUGCAGGCGAGUACGUCACCAACACGCAGGCGGACGCUGCUCUCCUCGUGGGGAGAUGCUCCAGGAUUGGGAUGCUCUGCCUGGGGAGUGCUCUGGUAUCACCCAGGCUCUGGGUUACACUGCGGGCAUAAGCUGUAGUAAAUGCAGCAGCCACAGCAUCCCCAGCAGCUGAGCCUUUAUGGAGAGGGGAGUGGAGGAGUGGGGAACAUUGUUUUGACGUUUUAAUGGAGUGAGGAUGAAAUGUUUGGUUUAUGACAGGGAGGGCGGUAGUGAUUUCAGGCACUGCUGUUGCCUCCACUCUUGCAAGCUGUUUGGAAGAAAGCCUUAGCACGGGCCUCCACAUAGCACUGAAGGAAAAAAAUAACAACUUCCUAAGCCAAUAUUUUGGGGGAGAAAAGGCCAUUUAAUGAGGGGAGUGGGGAACACCACUGCUUGGUGCUAUGCUGGCUUUGAGCAACAAGUCUCUCACUGGGUUUUAGAGGAAUAGUUUAAAAUGUGCCAUAUUUUUUAGCACAACAAGAUGCACUGCAGAUAUGUCACAUCCAUUUCACUCCCCACAGCUGUUUACAAAAGAAAAAUAAAUAAAUAAACCCCCUGGGACUGGAGCAGCUGCAGUCACUCAGCUGUCAAUAUGGGACAAGCCUCUUUCUGCUCCUCUUUUAUUUCCACUUCACUCUGUUCUGCUGCACACAUUUGGCUCUUCUGUGAAUUUUCAGAUUAUGAGUUUUUUUUUUUUUUCCCCAACUGCCUUUGAUCUAUACAGAAAGACUCACCCAGAUCCCAUUUGAAUUCAUUAAUACAUUGAGUAGGCAUUUUAAUUUUAUGUUUACUGGCUUGUUUCCCUUUGUAAUGUUAUCUAACUGACAAGUUCUCCGUACUCUGCCUUACGUUUAUUUUUUUUUUUCAGGUCUAAAAUGUUUCCUCUUUCCUGAAAAGCUGUGAUAAUUUUUAGAAAAGUUAUAAAGGUGUUUUCAUUUCCACAGAAGAGAAACUGAAUUACUCUCAGCUUUGAUUACUAACAAAUCAAUACUGAAGCACGUAAUUCUUUUUACACCACAAACAAAGUACAUUUUAUACCAUCAUCUGUAGCUUGAAUUGUAGUUUAGAAGCUUGCUUAGGCACUAAAAGCAGCAUUUUGUUUGCAACUUCCAUGCCAGUGAAGUCACAGCAUUAAAGGAAUAUCCUGGACUGGAGUUUUUCCCACACUUUCAGCUGUUUUGCAAAGACCUGCUGUGUUUUUCCCCAACAACUGUGAAUUUAGCACAAUGUACAGAAUUCUAGCAAGAACCCUGGUUGCUUAAGUGUCCUAAACACAUGGCCAAAAGGAUGAGGAGCGGACAUGUUUUGUGAUGAUCAAGCACAACUGUUUCAGUGGAGAAAAUGCCCUACAUUUGGUCAGACCAUUUAUCUCGAGUUGCUGGGAUAGUGCUGUCUUUGGAAAGGGUGUAGGUGUUAGCAAAUCGCCAAACUGUGAACCCUGUGAACCAUAGACUGUCAGAAGCAUUGGACCUGUUUUUUUUUUUUUUUUUUUUUUUUUUUUUUUUUUUUUUUUUCUAAGUUCCUGUUGUCAAGUGUGGUACAGUGGGGUUGUGAAAGGAAUGUAUUUUGGAUGACCAGGAUGAUGAAUGUAUGAUGCUUCAUGUUUAUUUGUAAUGUCCUUUUUAUACUUAGAACUUGCUUACAUAUGUAUCUGUAUGUAAAUAAAUGUUUAAUCCUUUCCA